AUGAUUAGACCGUGCAGUACCGGUGCUCGCCGCAUGGAGCACUGCUGGAUGUAAACCAAUGCAUUUAGCACUCAGGGAGGAACAUGUCGUACUUCUAAAACAGGGAUUAGGAACUGUAAUGCUUCACCCCAUGUGCUGUUCUUCCAGCGAGAUCCACACACGGAGUUUCUCUUAUUAUUUCGAGUCCAGAGAAGUGAGACAGGACAGCAGCUCAUGGUGCUGGAAGUGAGCUAGCUUGCUAGACAAGCUAAGCCAGUUUUCAUCAGCAGCUUGAAUUAUUGUUAACCGAGUGUGUUGUUGUUUAAAAAAAAAAAAAAAAAUUCAUUUAUUUUUAUUUAAUAAUACCUUCACUUUGCUGUGGAUUAACGUGUUAUACGAGCGAUCACCCGGACGUGAACUGACAUCUAAAUAUGGAUCCGUUUGACAGUGACCGAGCUCCUCUUCCCCGGAACAUGAUAGAAAACAGCAUGUUUGAAGAGGAACCUGACGUGGUGGAUCUGGCGAAAGACUCGCCCUCCUACCCCAUCGACUCGGAUGAUGUCGUGUAUGAGCCACGCAGCUCCAGGCUGCUGGUACGCGGCCUUGGCGAGAACGAUCUGGAAGAAGAUGAAGAGGACUAUGAGUCUUCAGCUAGACUUCUGGGCAUGUCCUUUAUGAACCGUAGUUCCAACCAGCGCGGCGGCGCCACCUCCUACAGCCGCCAGCAACCAUCCGGUUCAUGCUUGAUGCCUUCUGCGAAGACCAUGGUGGUGGGAGUCUUGCUCCUGGUCCUCAUUGCUUCACUGGUCAUGGUCAUCUACUUCCUGCCCAAGUGCACUUUUUCCAAAGAAGGCUGCCAUAAUGCCAGCUCUGCCUUAGAAGUCAUCUAUCCAAUCUCCAAAAAUGGCGAGCUUUUUCCGUGGACGCACCUGAGGCUUCCAACCAGCGUGCGUCCUGUUGACUACAAGAUUUCGCUCCAUCCCAACCUGAGUACCAUGACGUUCAGAGGGAGUGUAGCCAUCACUGUGGAGGUCCUGCAGGAGACCAAGAAGGUUGUUUUGCACAGCUCUGAUAUACAGAUACAGAACGCCACUUUCCAAGACAAAGAGGUGAAGAUCUUGGAGUACCAGCCCUGGCAGCAGAUUGCUAUCAAGUUGACAGAGGAUCUUAAAAAGGGACAAAAGUAUGUACUGAAUAUCAACUAUUCUGCAAACCUCUCCAGCAGCUAUGACGGCUUCUAUAACAGCUCUUACACUGACACAAGUGGAAAAAGAAGAGUUUUGGCUGCUACUCAGUUUGAACCCCUGGCUGCCCGCAAGGCUUUUCCUUGUUUUGAUGAACCUGCUUUUAAGGCCAGAUUUCUAAUUAAGAUAAAGAGACAAGCGGAGUACAUCAGCCUUUCUAACAUGCCUUUGGCGAAAACUACUGCGUUGCCAGAUGGGCUUUUUGAGGAUGAGUUUGAGAAGAGUGUCAACAUGAGCACCUAUCUGGUUGCAUUUAUUGUGGCCAACUUCAGCAGUGUCAGUAUGAAUGUGUCUGACACUCUGGUCUCUGUAUAUGCAGUCCCAGAUAAAAAGGACCAAGUUCAUUAUGCGCUGGAAUCAGCUGCCAAGCUUCUGCAGUUCUACAAUGAUUUCUUUGAGAUCAAGUAUCCAUUGCACAAAUUAGACUUGGUAGGCAUUCCAGACUUCCUGGCUGGAGCGAUGGAGAACUGGGGUCUCAUCACAUUCCGGGAAACGACCCUGCUCGUGGGAAAUCAUUCCUCCCCCAUGGAUAAACAACUAGUGUCCUCCGUUAUUGCUCAUGAACUUGCACAUCAGUGGUUUGGGAACAUGGUCACCAUGCGCUGGUGGAAUGAUCUCUGGCUGAAUGAAGGAUUUGCAACAUACAUGCAGUACUUGUCUAUUGAGAAAGUCUUCCCCAAUCUUGACAUUGACCUCGAGUUCCUGAGUGUACGAUUCGGAGCCCUGGCCACCGACGCCAUGAAUUCGUCCCAUCCUGUGUCUGCUAAAGUAACUGCUCCAGAGGAAGUGGAAGAGAUGUUUGACUCUGUGUCCUACGAGAAGGGUGCCUCUCUUUUACUCAUGCUGAAUGCAACAAUUAGCGAAGAGGUGUUCAAGAAAGGAGUGAUUGCGUAUCUGACAAAGUACAACGGCAGCAACACAGAGAAGGAAGAUCUGUGGAACAGCUUUUCACAGUUCACAAAACCAUCCAUCGAUGUGGCACAGAUGAUGAACACCUGGACUGUACAAAAAGGUUUUCCGCUGGUCACCGUGAGCAGAACAGGCAACCAAGUGAAAGUGACGCAAGACCAUUUCCUCCUAAAUGCUGGCAAAAUCACAGAACACAGCAACUUGUGGCACAUCCCACUGACGUACAUCAAUGACAGCUGUAGCAACUCCAUCUCCUGCAAGCAAAUGUUUUAUUUGAAGGACAAAACGGCCACCUUUAACAUUACAGGCGGUGUGAAGUGGCUGAAGUUUAACUACAGGAAUGAUGGCUUCUACGUCGUGGACUAUGGAGAUGAAGGCUGGAGAGUACUGAUCGAGGCCUUGAAGGAAAACGUGAACGUUCUUCCACCGGAGGACCGAGCAUCUCUCAUUAAUAAUGUCUUUGCUCUGUCAAGGUUGGGAAAGGUGUCCUUCAGACAAGUGUUGAAUCUCUUGGCGUAUUUAAAGAAUGAAACGGAAACGGCGCCGCUGACUGAAGCCCUGACGCAGCUCGGCACCAUCUACAGGCUGCUUGAGAAAAGAUCCGAUUUAAAUCUAGUGUCCCGGAUGAGGAGCUACAUUUUCGAUAAUUUCGGCGAACUGAUGGACAGCCAGUCAUGGGGAGUAGAGACUUCUGUUUCUAAAAUGAGUCUGAGGUCGAUCCUGCUGGAGACAGCCUGCACCCUCAACAGACCAAACUGCACUGAGAACGCCAAACCCCUCUUUGAUCAGUGGAUGUCCUCAAAUAUGACGGUUCCUGGAGACCUCCUGAGAGCAGUUCUGUCUGUGGCAGCCCAGACUGAGGAAGGUUGGAAUGCAUUGUAUAAAUCUUACGUACAUUCCAUCUGCGACUCGGAGAAACGCAAAACACUGCAGGCUUUAGCCAGCACUCAGGAUAUGCGAAAAAUCGCAUGGAUCCUAAAAGCAGGUCUUGAUGGAAGUCCGAUACAGACCCCUGAACUUCCUCUUGUGAUUAACAGAGUAAGCAGACAUUUUGCAGGUUACCUGUACACUUGGGAUUUUGUGAAGGAGAACUGGGAUAAACUCACACAAAAAUUUCCCAUUGGCAGUUUCCCUUUGCAAAGCAUUAUCAUGUCUACGACCAGCCAGUUUUCUACAAAGACACACCUUGAGGAGGUUCAGAGGUUUUUCAGCUCUUUAAAGGAGAGAGGAUCUCAGAUGAGGAGCGUUCAGGAGGCCAUCGAGAACAUUCAGCUGAACAUGUUCUGGGUGGAGAACAACCUGGACACACUCAGGGAGUGGCUAUAGGCUCAGAGGGCAAACUUCCACACACACACACACACACACACACACACACACACACACACACACACGCACGAACAUACCCCUCAGGUGAUGAGGCCGAGCACUUGUGAUUGAUGUUACAGAGGUCACGGCCAGAGUCAAAUGUGUGCAGAGAUGUGUCAGAAUACUUUUUUUUUGACUUAUUACAGCUAUUUUUAUGUAGGAAUUUUUCCAUUGAAAACCAGAGGUGCUAAAAUCUACCAUUUAGCUGUAGCAUUUAGAUUAAUAUGUACAAUUCUGCUUUUUCAGCAGUCAGACCAAACACACACAAAAUCCACCUGGCAGAAAAGGGCAAAAAAAAAAAAAAAAAAAAAAAAAAGGCAAGACAUGGACCUGUUUUUGCCUCGCUUGGGACACAUCUGAUUAAAAUUUUGUCUCUUUUAUCACAAGAACCCAUACUGUGGUGAAUUCUGUUUGUUUGUUUGUUUGUUUGUUUGUUUUUUUAUUUGCUUUCUAGGAUUUUCUUGUUAGCACCUCUGAAAAACAAUGGUCAAGGAAAGAUUGUGAUUAUCAUGCUGUAAAUAAGGUAGCACAUUUCCUGCCUGCCUAGCCUUCAUGCCUUUCUUGCUGCUUCAAGUUGUGUGGGAAACUAUGCUGACCUUUUUGCUUGUCUUUUGGCCUGUCCCUGCACACAUGCGGCUGUGGUUUAUGACUGUUUGCACUAUUGGGAAUUCCAGCUUGCUCAGGGUUACUCCAGUUCGUGAACGAUUGCGCAUGAUGGCUACAGACCAAUCCUCUCAGAGGUGUCUUUUCAACAUGCCUUUUACAUGCGUUGCCAAAACAAUUCAAUGAGAAAAUGACUUCUGAAUUUGAGAUCAUGCAACGAGGGAAGCAUGUCAAGAGAACUAGAAGACCUUGAGAUGGUUUAUCUGUCUAGAUGUGUGCAGACAAUCAGUCUUGUAAGGCAUUUGCUAAACCAUUUUUUUAAAAAUGAAUGGAAUUUGCAAUGCUUGUAGCUGGUACUGUGUAAAUACUCUCUUGCCUUAGCAGUUUUCCUCAUAAGCCUUAUUCUUUAAGUUUGUCGCAGUGUGGAAGUAUUGAUUUUCGUGUGUUUUAUAGAUUUUAUGCAGACUUGCACAUACUGAAGUCAGAGGGUUUUAUUUGACAUGACGGAUCUUAAGUUGAAGCUUAGAUUUUAAGUGUGGAAAUUAGUUCGUAUAUUUAGGUUUUGUUAUGCACAUUGGGAAUUAAGCGUAUAUAAAAAACUAUUAAUGUAAUAUUUUCACGCAUCAGGAACAAGACAAGUGUCAUUGAAUCAUUCGUUUGAGCUGCAAAAAAAACAUGCAGGUCUAAAUUCGGUGUUGUCAUUCUGUGAUGGCAGCAUUGUUAGACAUAGUUUGCAUUUGCAAACGGGCCAUGCCAGUUUCCUCCCCUUUAAAAAUGGGGGAGGCAUACCAGCUGGGCAUACCAGCUCUUUAAAGAUAAGAUUACCACCAUAAAAGAUAAGUUUAGCAUCAUAGCUACUGUAGAAGUUCUGUGAUUUUUUUUUUUUUUUUUUUUUUUUUUUUUUUUUUCUUCUUCUUCAAUUCAGUCCAGGUUUAUUUGAAGAUCAUAAAACACCAAAUUAUUAGAUGUAUCAGAUACAGUUGGAUCCAUAAGUAUUUGUACAGUGAUACAAUUUUCAUACUUUUGUCAAUGUACACCCAUCAAAUGGAUUUGAAAUGAAGCAAUCAAUAUAUGAUUGAAGUAUAGACCUUCAGCUUUAAUACAAGGGGUUUAACAAAUAUAUUGCUUUUUAUGAAUUACAGCUAGUCACGUAAUUUUCCCAAGCUCAAAGUCAUUGGUCAACUGACUGAUUACCAGUUUCAUGGCUAGAUGUAGCCGGCUUCCUAGUUAUUUCACGACAAAUUCAUGACAAAAGGGCUGGAGUUGAUUCCAGGUGUUGAAUUUGCAUUUAGUAGGUGUUCAUUGGAACUCUAUAUGCAGCCCAGAGCGGGGUCCAUAAGUGAAGGAGGCCAGCAACAGGCUGGGAAAAAGAAAAAAAGAACCCAGAACAGAUGUAUCAGAGAGAUAGCAGGAACAAUGGAGUGGCCAAAUCAACAAUUUUUGGUACAUUCUUAAAAAGAAGGAAUGCCCUGGUGAGCUUAGCAACACCAAAAGGCCUGGAAGACCACAGAAGUAAAGUAGUGGAUGAUUGCAUAAUUCUUCCUUGUUGAAUAAAAACCCUUCACAACAUCUAGCCAAGACAAGAACACUCUGGAGGAGGUAGGCGUAUCAUUGUCAAAGUCUGCAAUCAAGAGAUGCCUUCAUGAAUGUAAAUACAGACUAUUUACCUCAAGAUGCAAACCACUCAAGAACAGAAAGGACAGAUUAGAUUUUGCUAGAAAAUAUAUUUUUUUUAAAAAGCUAUUGGGCAUCCCUUUCAGUUACUGAAGACAAAACUGAAGACAGGGACCCAAAAAUAAGCAGCAACUGAAGGCGGCUGCAGCAAAGGCCUGGCAAAGCAUCUCACGGGAGGAACCUCAGCAUUUGCUGAUGUCCAUGGGUUCCAGACAAGUAUUUGCAUCCAAGUAUUAAAAGAAAUCCUGAUAUUUAUAACUGUUCGUUUGUCCAAUUAAUUUUGAGCUUGUGAAAAUGGAGACUCGUACUGGUCACUGGAAGUUCAACAUGGCACCUCAUGACAAAGAACUCUCUGAGGAUCUGAAAAAAAGAAUUGUUGCUCUACAUAAAGAUGGCCUAGGCUAUAAGAAGAUUGCCAAGACACUGACACUGAGCUGCAGCACGGUGGCCAAGACCAUACAGCGGUUUAACAGGACAGGUUCCACUCAGAACAGGCCUCGCCAUGGUCGACCAAAGAAGUUGAGUGCACGUGCUUGCUUUAUUUCAAAUCUGUGGUGGUGGUGUACAGAGGGAAAAAUUACAAAAACUGUGUCGCUGUACAAAUACUUAUGGACCUGUCUUUUCGGUAAUUUUAUCCACUGACGUACACUCACAAACACACAGGUUCUUAAAAUGCUCUGACAUGGAGGAUUAGUCUGAAAUCCUAUCCACUGUUUUUUCCAAACUUGAUAAAGCGUUAAAGGAUUUAUUUCCAUCCCUGACGAAAGAGAUCAGGGUACCAGGAGUUAAAAAUCAUAAGGUAAAUGUUUCUUGUCUUGGUUGAAUGCUUUAAUGAGCACCUUCUUUGAUACUUUUUGUUCUUACUGUAUGUCAAGGUUAAUGUAAAACACAUGAAUACAAUAUAAAAAAUCUCCAGAUCUUACUCUUUUUGACUUCAUGUUUCAUCAUGAUAAUGUGUAAUAGUAGGGAUGCAUUGAAAGCUUGGUUACACCAAGUAUGGCCAAAACAACACUAGAUUUUUGGCCAAAAAAGGAAAAAUACUGAAUUUUGUAGAGGGAAAAAGUCUUACCCUGUUAUCUAGGGGCAUUUCCAUUACUGGUUUGAUACCACCUGAAAUCAUGAAAUGAAUCCAGUGAAUAUUCAGAGAACUUAUGAAACUUUGAACUUAUAAAUAAUAAUGUUUUUUCAUUACCAAGUUGUAAUUUAGUAUUAAUCAAUUAUAUUCAAUUAUCUAAUGCUAAUAAUAAUGAUGAUAAUAAUAAUAAUAAUAAUAAUAAUAAUAAUCUAGAACAGUUUUUCAGAGUACCCUGAAUUUUUGGUUUCAGACAAGAAUUUUAGUUCAUCACCAUAUAAUAUUAAUAAUGCAGAAUGGUAGAUAUUCAUAAUGAGUUGGGCCAGGUUAAAUAAAUCAGUACAUUUAUACCCGUGCAGCAUGUCGUGAUACUAUGUGGACUUUUAAUUUUUAUUUUUAUGUAUUAGUGUGCUAUUGCCACAUUUGAAAGGCUUUUCACUGAAUGUAUUAGCAUUGUGAUUUUGGAGUUGUGGGCUAUGAAUUUGAAUCUGGUACAUUUCUAGAUACAGCUGCAUCAAUGCUACUUUCUGGUAUGGAAUGCUGGUAGUUAAAGUUUUUAUAUAUAUAUAUAUAUAUAUAUAUAUAUAUAUAUAUAUAUAUAUAUAUAUAUAUAUAUAUAUAUAUUUGUUUUGUUUUAUAUUUUAUUACUGUUUUUGGUUUGAGCAGACAUGAAGGCUGGAGCUCAAGAGCUCAGUGAUAGAAGUCAUUUCAUACCUACUCAUACCUACGCAUUUCAUACCUACUCAUUCAGAAAAUACAAAGAUGAAGUCCAAAGUUUGUGGACAGUUACACUGACCUCAUAUGGGUACCAGACAGUAGUAUUGCUGCAUCCAUAUCUCCAUUAAAAACAAUAACUGAAUUAUUCAAGUAAAGAUUAGGGGCACAUCUCACUUUGUCUAUUAUUAUUAAGGUCACAUUUGAGCUCUUACUCAAGGGACUGAGGUGUAUACAGUAAUUAUACACAUCAGCUUGGAUUUUGCUCAAGUUUUGCUUGUGUGAUACUGAACUGUUAGUGUAAUUCACCUGUGAAAAUGCUCAGAGGUCGGUUUUUUGUUAGUACUCCAGCACCGGUUUCAGUUAUAAACUCUUUAGUACUGUCAGAAAUCCAUGUACAACAGCUGAAUGAAUGAAUAAAUGAAUGAAUUAAUAUAUCUUGAUAAUUGGUUGAUGUUUCUUUGUAUUUACUGUUACAGAUUGAAAUAUACAUUUUCCCACUGGUGUGGUUUUUUGUUGUUUUUUUUUACUGAAAGUAUGACUCAGUUUUGCUAGUUGUGGUGUCCUAGAGAACAUGAACAUUUCUUUCAUUGCAUGUAGUCUUGUCCUCUGUCACUGUCCUGCCCAUAUAUUUUGUGAAAAAUCUUUCAUCUGGAUUUGCCAUACGAUUCUAAAGUAUGUACAGUAUGUACUAUCUCUGUCUCUGUGUGUGUGUGUGUGUGUGUGUGUGUGUGUGUGUGUGUGUGUGUGUGUGUGUGUGUGUGUGUGUAGCACUGUGCAGAAAUUUUAGGCACAUGCAAAGAAAUGCAGUUAAUAAUGAAAUUAACUGUGUCUACAUAAAAUACAGUAAAGAGCAGUAAACAGUAGUAAAUUAAACAAAGUCAAUAUUUGGUGUGACAAUUUUUUAAAAUAUAAAUAGUAGUUUUCGAUACAGUUUGUGUAGUUUUAUAAGCUGUAAGCUUUAUUGAGCACUUGUAGAAUCAGACACUGUUCUUCUGGAGACUUGGACUGUCACAUUUGCUUCUUAUUUUUGCAGUAAAAUCCAGCAGCCUUCAUUAUGUUUUUUUUUGUUGUUGUUGUCGUCUGAAAAGUGUCUCUUACCACUUAAUAUCCUGCUUUCUUUACUGACAUACAAACAUUUUUCUGUAACAUUUAAUUUUGUGCUGGAAAACUAAUGUUAGGUAAUCUAAUAAGUUUUUGUAUUGACUCGAUAAUGUCAUCAAAUAAAAAUCUAUAAAGUUCGCUUUCA